AUGAUACCUCGAACCACAAGAUCCUCUGCAAGACUGGAACAACAGCGAUUAGAAGCUAUCCGAUUUGCCGGUGGAAUAGCAGAAAAGACUCAAGACUUGGCAAAAGCAGUCAGAGAUUUGGCUGGUCCGGGUCAACAAGUCAGUGCUGCGAAUCCUAUGGAUAGUAGGACUCUCAAUACUACCCUAUGGGCUCUUCAGACUCGAGGCGAAAUAAAGGUGACUACUGUAAUGGUGCCGGAUGCGAUUGGGAAUCCAGUCCGACGUUCAGUGGUAUACUUGGCUAGUAUUCCUUUAGACAGUCCGGAGAUGAUCAACUGGUUGGAGGAUUUACAAGCUCGAGAUCAUAUCUUACAAAACCAAGCGCUAAAUGUACCUACCAGGAAGCCAGUUGUGAGAGAUGGCCCGCUACCUAAUACUAAUGCAGCGAGGAGAGAGAUGAGGAGGACACUGGUUGAUGCUUCAGAGGACGCUCUACAAGCUAUGUUCAAAAAUCAAUGGAGAUUCAAUCACCUCCAAAGUCCACCACCAUCACUCGCCAAGUGGCCGCUUAAGAAUGUUGAUGAUGGAAAUCGGUUUUGGACAAAACUUCAUCGUGCUUCACUACCCGAUCCAGAAGCUCCACCGUUACAACAUACAUUUGAAAGCUUGAAUGAAAAUGAUCAAUUUAGUGCUUUUGCUGACUCGCAUACAUUACUUCAACUGUUGACUGAUCAAUCGAACCAAAGAGAACAAGCUAUCAGAUUAAAUAAUAAACACAAAGAUCCGCCAUUGGAUCUUGAAAAUGAUACGCAAGAAGUCGAACACCUGGCUCGAAUUUCAUGUACAACUCCGGAAGCAUUUAAAAAGACAAUUCAAGCCACUAAGGAUUUGGCUGGGAAACGAAAGGCCAAGAAAAAGCUACGUAAGAAGGAAUUAGGCUCUGACGCGGAGAAUAAUAAAUUAUCAGAUGAAGCUGCAAUACAAGCUAAAUUACUCAAGGUCAAGAAAAUCAAAGUGGCACCCAAGCCUCAUUAUGACAGGGGAGCUUUACACAAGUUUCCAGAAUGCCCUUUGAGAUGGAGUGCAAUCACAGCACACGCUAUUCGACCUCAUCUCCAAGUUGUGAUAGGACUUCGACCACCAACAACUAUAAGCGUACCUGGGAAACGAACUCGUUUAGAAUGGUCAGACACAUUAGAUGAAUUCUUAAGAGAUUUAGCAGCCAUCUUAAGAGUUCGAGCUUAUGCAAUUUGUGCAAGUUUAUGGCCAUGGUCAAUUGCAACUAAUGUUUUUAAAGAUACAUGGAGUCAUUUAUAUUUUGCAAGACGUGGAAAAGUACCUGAAUUACUGGAUCCAUCUCCUACUAUGUCUUUAGUCUUAGAUGGUGGUUUGGCUUUAGAUUAUCUUAGAUUGAAUAUUGAUAAAGAAUAUUUAAGAUCACAAGUGAAUGUACAAGGAGAAGCAGAUGUUCCAUCUGAAUUUCCCUCACCUGAUACAUUAGAAGAGUUUUAUAAAGUAUAUCAAAUCACGCAGUCCUCUAAGCCUUCUGAAAGAUGGGAUCAGGUUCAUCUCUCUGCCAAUAACGUAAUACGGGAGGAUACAAUGCUAAGUGAAGCCUUUUCGAUGUGUACAGAAUUUUCAAAUGAUUUGGAGGCCGUACCCAAUCAACCGACUAGGCAGAUCAUGAGAGCAUCUGAAGCUAUCAAGCUUCUUACAUCCACUUCAAUCGAAACUUACUCCAAACCAGUCGCCACUUGUUUUCUCUCACAUCACGGAGAGAAUAUCUUGAUUGCUGCUACCAAGUAUUUGCAUUCUAUGGGUAUGAUGAUAUUUGGGAGUAAGUUUUUACUAAUUUUGGAUGGAAAUCUUGGAUUGAUCUGCCCACCUGAUAAUCGAGUUGUCCGACCUUAUAAGCUAGAUGAAGCAAUGGAACAACUACGUUCUCAGUGUGACGAUAAUUCUGAUGGAAAAGUCAACUGGUUUUUAUUUGCCACUGAUACAGAAACUGCGGCUCUACUACAUGCAUUCUCUCAAAACCAAGUAAGUUACAAAUCAAACUGA